AUGACAACUGAUCAAUCUGAUGUUCAACUGGAGACAUGUGCCGAUGUGAUAGAGCAGUAUAACACAAAAUUAGAUGAACUCGUGAAGCAAACAAUCAACAGCAAAAACAUAGCCGAUGUCGACAUGAAAAACGUUUGGCAAAAGGCUUUGAUAUUAUGGAGGACAACGAUGGAAUACAUGAUUCAUUCUGCAGCCGCAAACGAUGCUGCAUCAUACGCCGAUUGUUCGUAUAUAUUUUACAACAAAAUGUUCAUUGGUUUAGAUUUGGAAAAUCGAUUGGAAAAAGAUGGACCUCUUUGCUACGAAAUGCUCUAUUCCUCUCUCGAUUUGUUAACCGUGCUUGUCAUCGAGCGACAUCAUCUGACUAACGACGACAUUAGCACGUUCCAAAAUAAUACUAUGAACAAUUAUUUCUAUAUUUUACUGGCUUUGUGCAUAUCGGCUUGUAAUUUUAUUCCGUUUGAUGAUAGACUAGUCAAUGAUUAUAUGCCUUUUUUCAUCGACUUGAAAGCGUAUGCAGAUAAGAAAGUUGCUAGUGAAUUAUCGUCCGGAAAUGAAGGAUUUGAUCGGGUUACAAGUGAGAUCUUGAUUUUAUUUUGGUGUAUGGCCAAUCGUACAAUACUCGUUCCAUCGCUGAUUCGUCUUGAUCUACCAAAACAUGCGGUGAAAUGGCUGAGUGACUCGGGCUAUUUGAAUGCAGAAGCAACCGAACCGCUUAUUCGAAUUAUUUACAAUAUGGCACGGCAUGAUGACGGUGUCGAUGAAUAUAACAAACUCGGAGCUCUAGAAAUCGUCAAACAGUAUCAAAGAAGAGACGAAAUUGCACAGAACAAUAAACUAUCGUUAUGUUGUUCACUGGCCAUAGCUCUGUUAUCAACGCCUGAACAACUUAAAGAGGAUCAGAAAGGUAUGAACACCGUUCUCAAUCAAUUAUUACAGUUAAUUAUGGAAGCUGCCGGUAAUGAAGAUUUCACGUGUGUUGGUGUUCGUUAUCAUGUCGCACAUCUCGUCGGUGUCUUGGCAAAACUAUUUGUGGUAGAUGAACGAACAGUCGAUUACAUUAUGAUGCAUGCUGAAACCGAGCCAUCAUUGAACAUGGCUUCCACAGUGAAACUGUUUGCCGAUCUUCUUAUUGCUUUUAGUAAUUUAAUCACGAGUACAGAUCCUCUCAACCAAUUCUCGUGUAUCGCUCUUUACAAUAUCGUUUGGAGUAUUUCAUUCCAGGGAGAAUAUCAAGAAGAAUUGAAAAAUAAUACACAGUUGAUAGAUACUAUCAAAAGAUUGGCAGUGGAUGAACGUAGUCAAACAUGCGAUCAAUAUAAACCUCGGGCUAUGCAGAGCAUAAAAAAGGCGGCAGAUGGUAUACUUUACAAUUUACAUAUGGAUGCGACAUCACAAGAGGAUCAAUCCAAGAAAGCUUUGCAGUGUAAAACUAAAGAUAUCAAAGAAUCGGAUAUGUUUUCUAAUAAGAAAGAUCGAUCAACAACGGACGAUAGUUUGCCACUCGUGAUGUUUAGUUAUGCGCAUAAGGACGACAAAUUUUGUUAUCAGAUUUUGAAAGAAGUUGAACGAAUGAAUGAUAAGUUGAAAGUCUGGAUUGAUAUUCAACACUGCGCGACGGGAGAUCUAUGGGAAAAAAUUGCCGAUGCUAUCGAAAAUGCUGAUGUUAUUCUUUGUUUUAUAUCAGAAUACUAUCAGCAAAGUAAAUCAUGUCGACAAGAAUUUAUCUAUGCUGUUGAUGAUUUACAAAAACCUAUCAUCCCUAUAUUAAUUGGCGAUUAUAAACCAAAAGGUUGGCUGGGAAUACGAAAAGCCGGAAUGAAAUAUGUUCGAUUUCGAAAUCCGAGUGAACCGAACGAGUCAAACAUAAAAGAUUUGAUUGAACGAGUUCAAGCUGAAAUUUCACACGACAAAAAAAUCAUCAUAUCCUCAACAGCACCUGUACAUCAUGAGGUUCCUGCGGAACCUACGUACCAUGAGACUCCUAAAACACCUGUACAUCAUGAGGUUCCUGUGGAACCAACGUACCAUGAGACUCCUAAAGCAUCUGUACACUAUGACGCUCCUGUAGAACCUGUACAUCGUGAUACUUCCACAGAACCUAUGCCACGUGAGACUUCUACAGAACUUGUACAUCAUGAAGCUCUUAAAGCCUCUGCGCACAACGAAAAUUCUGCAGAACUUGGUCCAUCCAAAAGUCCAGUACAAGAAACUUCAUCUGUUACCGUUGACCUACCUCCUAUUGAUAAAUGGACAGCUAGUGACAUUCGUCGUUGGUUUCAACAAGAAGGGAUUAUGGAUGAAAUUUAUGACCUGUAUCGAUUUCGAUCAGGAGUCGAAAUGCUUGAUUAUGCACAAAUUCUAUCAAAAGAUCGAUAUGAACAACGAAAAAUAUACUCACAAAUCUUUAAAUACAAACAUCGAGAUCAAAUUCUUCCACCGCAUGAAUUCCAUCGGUUUGCUAAAGCAAUGGCUCGACUAUUAAAAGAGAAUACUGUCGAACAAAAGCCACCAGAGCAAUCAUCAACUUGUACAAUCUUAUAA